GGAAGGCUGGCCGGAGGCGUAGCCUAAAAUGCCCAGUAUUUAAAGCACCUGCGGGAGGUGCUUUUAGCGGAGCCGAAGCCUUUUGAUAGCGGAGCGCAGGUUGAAUGUGAUGCUGGCGAUGCUUCCAAUUCUGGGUCUUCGGUCGUAGGUGCGAGCGGUCGUAGGGCGAUGCCGCUGCAACGGGCGCUCCUCUUGUACCUGUGGGCUGUGCUGGCAUCCUUUGUGCCGGGGGGCCGCUGCGGCUCCUCCAGGCACUCUUUGCGUUAUUCCUACCUGAAGGUGUCAGAGCCCAGCCAGGGACUGCCCCAGUUCCUCUCCGUGAUCUACCUGGAUGGUCAGCCCAUUGCUCGAUAUGACAUCCUCAACAGGAAGAUGGUUUCUCUGGUGCCCUGGAUGGAGGCGGUGGAGUUGAAGACACCUGAGAGGAUGUUCAGAAGUGACCUGGAGCAGUUAUCAAAUUUCAACCCCCAGACUGGAGAGCUUCACAUCUGGCAGGGGAGUGUGGGCUGUGAGCUCUGGGAAGAUGGGAGCAAAGGAGGGUUCUUGCAGUACAGCUACAACGGGAUGGACUUCAUCAGCUUCAACAAGGAGACCCUCAGAUGGGUGGCAGUUCAGCCCCAGGCCCAGAAGGUCAAGGAGAAGUGGAAGAACCUAAGGUUGUCUAAGAGAAACAAAGUCUUCCUGGAGAAGACCUGCAUGGAGUGGCUGCAGAAAUACCUGUCCUACCAGAAGGAGGCUCUGAAGAAGACUGAGCCUCCGGUGGGGAAAUUGACUCGCAAGGUGGUGAAUGACAGCCCGGAGGUCCUCAUCUGCCAGGCCUUUGGCUUCUACCCCAAGGAGAUCCAGGCCACCUGGAGGAGGGACGGAGAGGUCUGCCAGAAUGAGACCCUCCAUAGGAACGUGGCCCCCAACUCAGACGGGACCUAUUAUGUCCGGCUCAGCAUUGAGAUCGACCCCAAGGAGAGGCACCGUUUUAGGUGUCACCUGGAGCACGAGGGCUUGCCGGAGCCCCUGGUCUUGGCAUGGGAAGAGAAAACAGCUAUAAUGACACUUGGUUUAGUGGGAGCUGUGAUUAUCGUAAUCUCAGCUGUUCUGAUUCUCUUCCUGAUCGGCUGCUGGCUGUACUACAGGAAAAAACUCCGUCAGGCAACGACAACUCACCCUGAGGAUAUUCCUUUACAAAAACUUUGUCCUUCCUCUCCUUAUGGCACUGAAGAUGAGAUUCGAUCAACGGCAAUGCUCCCAUCCAAAAUGACAUUUGAGGGUUGCUGUGGGCAGAAUAGACAACUAAGGGAAGAAGAGAAAACACCUCUGAAGGCUUCAUCGGAUGCCUAUCCAGACAAUAUGGAAGAGCCAGCCAUGGAGACUUCAGAGUGCGGCCCAGAAGAACAUCUUGAAGAUGCUGAAGCCACCAAGCAAGGAAUGGAGGGGCUGGAGGAAGAAGGGAGUCCAGAUCCUUCAGAGGAACAAGUGGAUGAGCACCUGGCUGGAGAGGAAAGGGGAGAGAUGCAGCUGGAAGGGCUCACAGAUCCAGCCAGAAGCCCAGGAUGGAGAAGAAUUGCAGCUGCAGCUGAUCAGGAAGGAUGAGGAGGAACUGCCUCCUCCACCAUAGGACUGAACAGAGAGAGGCACAAUGGAGGUCAGUGAGGUUACUCUCAAGGAGGCAGCCUCUUUCCUCCUAAGGAGCUACACCAGCACAUGCCUUCUUAGUCCAACAUUUGGGCAAUGCAGUGUCAGAAACAACCACACAUUUUCCUAACAUGCAGGUACCAUAACUCUGUGACUGUUGUUCACAUGACUUUGGAUCUGUGCUUCAUGUUGCCUCCAUUUGGACUUUGGACCUGCUUCUCAGACUUUGGACUUUGGCUUGGAUUUGGAAUUCUGAAUUAUGCAUGAAUUUUUGUGCCACAUUGGCACAUAAGGCAGCCUUCACUUCCUGCCACUUCAGGCUGGAGUCUCCCUGCAUGUGCGAAUGCUCCCGGCUCAGCCACAGUUGGCCAGGGAGUUACGAGAGGGUGGGGGAGGAGGAGGACGUUCGCCCAAAGGGUGGGGGGAAAGACACACACACACAUACUGAAGUGGUUCGGGAAUAACGAGAGGCACAACCAAGCUAGUGACAACAGCUCUUUAAUUUACAGUGAGACAUCAGCAAAAACUCAGAGGCUGCAGCCCUCCUUAUAUACAAUCCUGGAGGGACUGUCAGCCAAUCAGAAACGUAGGCAGGUUUGAAACUCCCGCUUAAAAGUAUCAAUACAUAACACCCUUCCCUUCCCAGAAGGCACUAACAUUCAAAUAUUUACAUAAGUACACACAAAAUCUCGCAGGUGCCCAGGCCGAGUUCUCGUCCUAGUUGACCUGCUCAGUUCAGUGUUUGGUGGGGCGUCGAGCUGGUCGGAGGGACUUUCUGUCUCUCCCGGCUCCGCCAAUGGAACCUCCUGGAUUUUGUCCGGG